AUGGCGACGACGCGGCCGGCGCGCAGCGACCCGCACCUGCCACCCGAGGAGGCGGCGCGGGUGGAGGCCGACGUUCGGGGCUACUUCGACAGCGUCGCGCCGAGGCGACCGGCCAAGCCGCCGCGCAGCGACCCGUCAGUGGACACCUGCGCGGAGCCCGCCGCCGUCGAUGCCGGGGACCACGACUUGCCGGAGCUCCGCAAGCUGCGCGACCUCGAGGCGAAGCCCCAGAAACUGGUGUUGGACGGAGGAGCAGGGGAUGUGGACGGCGAGGAGGAGUAUGUGGAGACGCGGUACUACGAUGGACUCAUAGGCAUCGACAAGCAGCAUCACACGACUGGUACAGGCUUUAUCAAAGUGGAGAGACCCAAUGGUAGCGUCUUCAGCGUGACGACUAACGGGUACUCAUCUGCCAGCCUUGUCCGCUGCACGAGCAAUCCUGCAACAAAUGAUUGGAUACCAUCUUCUGACACGGUCAUCCCUGCUUCGAACAAGCCCAGCAGGAGCGACUCCUGA